GCCAGACCCGAAGGAAUAAAACUUUCUCCUGUGCAUUGUCCUUUCUAAAGAACCACAAAACGGAACAGAAGCUUGUUGUUGGUCUCUGAAGAAAGAAGUGAUGGGGACCUGAGAAUUUGAAUGGUUCUUCGGUUGCCUUGGAGAUGAUGCUGCUGCUGUCGAUGUAGGGCCGGAGCCGGAUGGUGUGGGCAGCAUGGACCUGAUGAACGGACAGCCCAGCAGUGUUAACAUUGCAGCCACUGCCUCAGAGUGUUUUUGUUUGUUUCUGCAGAAGAGUAGCAGCUCUGAGUCCUUGAGUGACAAAGGUUCAGCUGAACUGAAGAAGAGCUUUGAUGCCGUGGUGUUUGAUGUUCUGAAGGUCACACCAGAGGAAUAUGCGGGUCAAAUAACACUAAUGGAUGUGCCUGUAUUUAAAGCAAUUCAGCCAGAGGAGCUGGCAAGCUGUGGCUGGAAUAAAAAAGAGAAAUACAGUUCUGCACCAAAUGCUGUUGCUUUCACCAGAAGAUUCAAUCAUGUAAGCUUCUGGGUUGUUAGAGAGAUUCUGCAUGCACAGACUUUGAAAAUACGAGCUGAGGUUUUGAGCCACUACAUUAAAACUGCAAAGAAACUGUAUGAGCUGAACAAUCUCCAUGCACUCAUGGCAGUGGUGUCAGGCCUGCAGAGUGCUCCGAUCUUCAGGCUGACCAAGACGUGGGCGUUACUGAGCCGGAAGGAUAAAGCCACCUUUGACAAGUUGGAGUAUGUUAUGAGUAAAGAAGAUAAUUACAAAAGGCUCAGAGACUAUAUCAGCAGCUUGAAGAUGACUCCUUGUAUUCCCUAUUUAGGUAUUUAUCUGUCAGACUUGACGUAUAUUGACUCUGCCUACCCAUCCACAGCGAGCAUUCUGGAGAGUGAGCAAAGAACAAACUUAAUGAACAACAUUCUCCGAAUUAUCUCAGAUUUGCAGCAGUCGUGUGAAUAUGAUAUUCCUAUGUUGCCUCAUGUCCAAAAAUAUCUAAACUCAGUGCAGUACAUAGAAGAACUACAGAAGUUUGUAGAAGAUGACAAUUACAAACUUUCAUUAAAGAUAGAACCAGGGACCAGCACCCCCCACUCUGCUGCUUCCAGAGAAGAUUUAGUAGGCUCUGAAGUCGGAGCAUCUCCACAAAGUGGACGGAAAAACGUUGCAGCUGAAGGAGCUUUGCUACCCCCAACCCCCCCUUCUCCUCGAAACCUGAUACCCCACGGGCAUAGGAAAUGCCACAGCCUGGGAUACAAUUUCAUACACAAAAUGAACACGGCUGAGUUUAAAAGUGCAACAUUCCCCAACGCAGGACCAAGGCACCUCCUGGAUGACAGUGUCAUGGAGCCUCAUGUCCCAUCUCGAGGGCAGGCUGAGAGCUCCACCCUUUCCAGUGGAAUUUCAAUAGGUAGCAGUGAUGGUUCUGAACUCAGUGAAGAGACUUCCUGGCCAGCAUUUGAAAGGAACAGGUUGUACCAUUCUCUCGGUCCGGGGACAAGAGUGUCACGAAAUGGCCAUCGAGGCCACAUGAAGGCCAGCAGCUCUCUAGAAUCUGAAGAUUUGGCUGUUCAUUUGUAUCCAGGAGCAGUUACUAUUCAAGGUGUUCUCAGGAGGAAGACUUUGUUGAAAGAAGGCAAAAAACCUACAGUAGCAUCUUGGACGAAAUACUGGGUAGCACUGUGUGGAACCCAGCUCUUCUACUACGCUGCAAAAUCCCUGAAGGCCACAGAGAGAAAACAUUUCAAAUCCACGCCCAGCAAGAACGUGUCAGUGGUGGGCUGGAUGGUGAUGAUGGCAGAUGACCCUGAGCAUCCUGAUCUCUUCUUAUUGACUGAUUCUGAGAAGGGAAAUUCAUAUAAAUUUCAAGCUGGGAACAGAAUGAAUGCAAUGCUCUGGUUCAAACACCUGAGUGCUGCCUGCCAAAGCAACAGACAACAGGUUCCUGCCAACUUGAUGACCUUUGAAUAACAGGCUAAUUCAAAACAAAAAAAAAUAAGAACAAUUUGAACCAUCUCAUACCUGAGAAGGAGGUCCUGAUGAAAAACGUGCCAGCUGUAUCUGUGCCAGAACAGAGCCUGUCCACUCGAUCUCUGAACUCUGGAGCCCUGAACAAAACCACUAAUGGCUGGGGAGCAGAGUCCCCCAGGUGAAAAAUGGAGUUGCAACAUGAAUUGCCAUGGACCGUGCUUCGUUAUGUUCUCUGAACUGACCUGUGGAAACCACUGCCUUAAAGAGUGAAAGGAAAAACAACAUGAAACACCAAAUAGUGUGUGUGAAACUUCUGGCGGUGCUGUGCUUGAGUUAAAUAGAUUGUAGCUAGUUUGAGUUUCUUUUAACUUUAUACUAAUUUUGAAAAUAACUCACCUUUUUAGGCAUUCUUAAGAAAACAGGUAAACUGGUAUUUAAGAGCUGUAUCUAAAGCUAUGUAUGAACCGGGUAAGAGAGGUACUACAUGUCCUAGAGAUGUUGUUUAGACUAUACCAGGAGUUCUGGAUGGGAGCUUGUCCCAGGCAGUCUUAGCCUGGAGCAGUGUUAUUUCUCUCAGACCUACAAGUAUAAAGUUUGAGACAGCAGUGAGUUUGCAAACCUUGGUCCUGCACAGGAGCCGGGCGCCCGACAGCGGCACUUACACGCCAAAUACUGCUUUGGUACGUCGGGACCUCAUUCCUGGUUAAAAACACGUGGUUUGGGCGGUCAAGGGGGGUGUGUAAGAGACAAAACUCAAAGCACUGUUGGGUCAGCACUGAGUAUUUUCUUCCCAUUUGUUGACUGACAAAACACCGACACCCGGGUACAGCUCACCGAGACGCUUUCCUUCUCUGGGUGUCUGCUAAUGACCAGUUAGGGACCACUGUUAGUGUGUGGUGUUUCAUAAUAUCACUUAAGAUGGACAUUUUUAAGAAGAUAGAGGCACAAUUUCAAAGCUUUCACGUUCUCAUUUGGCAAUAAUUGAUUUUAGUAUCUGUCUUGGUCGAAAUAGUUGACGUUGUGUGGUGUUGAUAACGUGGCCUAAAGCAGACCUUACGUGCAGAAGCUCUUUUAAUCUUCAGGCAAAUAACUAAUUUAUUAGAAGGUAGGAUAUAACCUAAGGAGAGAAAAGGUGUGGGACCAUCAAAAUUCUGUCCUUGGCAGGAAUCAUUCUUGGUCACUGGAAUUACUCACAAAGAAAAACAUUAUGAUUGUAAAAAGGGAGCUGUGCUUUAUGUGUGUGUUUGAUGCUUAAGAUUUUGAUUCUCGCUUUCUUGGGGUUUCCUUGACGUCACCUCGUUUCCUGGAUGAUUGGUCUCUCUUUAAUCUUAAAAAAUAUGAUCUUUGUAAAGCAAGGAAACGUUGUCCCAAGAUAUGACUCCGAUAUCAGAACUUUGAAGUUUGUGAAAAAUUAGUAACUGUUCCAUUGGCAUUGUGGUUUAGUGGCCGUAAAUACGCUUGCAGAUUCCACCAUGAAUUCUCCUUUUUAAAAAGAAACAAGCUACCUACCAGUCUGUUUGAGAGUUCUCUGACUAUCUAAUAAAGGUUUCUACUAGUAGUUGUUAUUUUGAAAAUGUAUAGUUUGUUUAUUGCAUCUGAGUAGAAGCCUAUAAAUUCACUUUUGGGCUGUUUUGGGGUUUUUUUUUUCCUCCGGAGUCAAAUUAAUCUCAUAAUAGAAAUGAUUACUUUCUGGUUUCUGGCGGGCAAAAAAGAAGGCUAAUCCAGUCUCACAGUAAAAACAAAACAAAAAACCAAGCAAAACAUACAAACCCCAACCACUUGGUGAUGUAAAGGGUAACAGGCUGGUUUAUGUUUCCAGGAAUUGUUCUGAUUUGGCUCUUGGUAGAAAGAAAACACUAGAAAGAUGCUUCUGUCGGAAUUACACCACAAACACUCUGAGAAUUUGAGACCCUUUGCAUUUUUUUGGUUGCUGUUUUUUUAAUGAGGAAUGAAUAGCCUGUUCUCAUCCUGAAGUCAUGAACUUUGGGAAGAGGUUGCUUGUGCUGAAUCCCUCUGCAGUUCACACAUCUCCCAGGUUUACCCACGUUAGGUGUAUAGUAAAGACAACAUCUUCAGAGCCAGCAGUGUUACUCAGUAGACUUUGCACAACUUUAGUUUGGGGGUUUUUCUGUUUUAAGAAUUACUUAGUGUGUUUCUUCUCAAUGACUAAGUGGGUUUUUGUUUGUUUGUUUGUUUUUUUAAUAACGUGUCUCCUUUUUUUAAGCAUUGUGGAUAGUAGCCUGUGGAUUUUGAAUUUUUAAAUAAGCUAAUCUGGGUUCAUUGCAGCAUAACUGUAUCUGUUCUUUUGUUAGUGAAAGGCAACAUGCAACUGGGAGCCACAGCCUGACAGCACACAGCUUUGCUAAGGACAGAGCCAGGUCAGGACAUGUCAUUUAUUACUGGGUUUUUUUGUAUUUUUCCAGCUGUUUUGAGUUAGGUUUUAUGGUAGGAGGAGGGUGGGGAAAACAGUUUGCAAAUCAUCCUUUAAUGAAUUGUUGCUGUUCCCAGUUUUCGUUGUCCUUGGGCCUCCUACUCUUCCUUGUUUUCCACCCUCCAAUACUGGAGAUUCAUGGGAGAGAUGGAAUAUUGUGGGAGGAGUUCCUUAAAGUGUGUGGCCAUAAUAACUGGAGUGAGUAAUGACAACACAGAAAAGCAUUUUUGGCACUUGUUACAAUGAGUAGUUCAGUGCUUUCCCAUUGUUGUCCUACAGGGCAACACAGAAACACUGUCACGUUAUAUAUUUUAAGAUAAAUGGUGCUCAGAAAGAGGUGGAGGGUUUGUUCCCUGAGGGAAAGCUGCCUCAGCUCAGCUUUGGAAAGACACAGACAAGUCAUAUACACUGUAAAGAGCGUAGUAAUGCUCCUUUUUUUUUUUUUAAUUAAAAAAGGAGGUAAAAAAAUUAAAUAACUGAAACUAGUGCUGGGAAAACAAGGACAGCAACGAGCUCAUGGUAUUCAGGUAAGACUGUCAUCCAGACUACUUCAGAUAGUUGGCAGGUUUUCUUUGAUUUUUAUUUUCAAAGUGUUGCUCUAAUUCUUUAUCUUGUAAUAACUGUUGAAACACUUCAGCUAAUAUUUGUCACUGUGUUUUUUCCGAACGUUUUGAUUUUGAAACUAAAGAUGCCCAUUGCAACUCCUUGUUUUGGUGGCAUUCGAGCAAAAAUUAUUCAGUGUAGAUCUUCUAGUGAGACUUGGCAUGUAAAUGUGAAUCCUCUGACAGCUCACCAGUUUCUUAGCCAAACUAAAAGUUUUGGGAAAGAUCAAGAAACAGGGAAUGUCUGGUUUAUGGAACUGGUGCAGUGCAUUAGAAAUACAUAACAUUGCACUGGUGGUUGAAUACUUACUGCUAACUCUUAUCUCAUUUCAUCUGUGCUACUUUUGGCUGGGAUUUUCAGACCUAACUUCUGUCCCAGUGUUCUUGGAAAGCAAAUGAGAUUUAUUUUUUAAAAAUUCGGAUAGCUUGAAUAAACAUAGCUCACCCCAGACACGUAUUUCCUUUUGCAGACAUUUUCAUGCCAGAGGAAUAUUACUCAAGCUAUUACGAUUCAUUAAGUAUUUAGGUGCAAGUUAUAGGCAUUAAAACUACAAAUACUGAAUGAAUGCACAUAAAUACUUAAUGAAUGAGCUUUAGCACCCAGCUUUAAAAUUUAGAGAAGUGUGCACAUUUGAAAACAUAUUGGGAGCAGAAGAAAGCAUUAAAAACCACAGCAGGGUUUUAUUAGUUAUCUGUUCCUCACUGGAAGUGAAUUCAUCUAAUCUAAUCUUGCAACAUCAGCCUCCUCUAUUUGCAUUUAUACAUUUCCAACAAUAGUCCUCCUCUAUUAGAAUCAGACAUAACACAUGUUAACAGCAGAUCCUUUCCCUCCCAGCAGAAGCAGUUGCAGGUUUUUUGUGCUGCUGAGGCACGUGAGAAGUUGAGGUCCCUUGUGACAAAAGGCAAGUUGAUCUUGUGGUUUUGGAUAACUGUAGUAGAUCUUAUCCAAAUCAAGAUAAGGUAAAACAUGGGAUAUUGUUUCUUCUGUCUCUGUCAGUGGCAUUUUUCUUUAUUGUUUGUCCCUUUUUUUUGAUAUUCUAACUCACCAGCAUUGGUAGUUCCAGUAUUUUCCAUGGCCAGCUCUGUGUGCUACCUGCUGCAGCAUCAAGACCCCAGGAGUGGUACUAAAUCACAUCAGUGAAUUGCCUAUUCUCCUUACAAAGACAAGCUGCGAAAGUUUUACUGUUCUUUUUAAAUGUUACCCUUUUUCUUUCGUUCUUCUCUAAAAGUGUCUUGUGCAUGAGGUGGUUUGGCUUGGGAAAGUUGUCACUGAAAGGAUCUGUACGAGUGGGCGUGGAAUUUGUUCAUAGGGGUUACCACUCUUUUUUAAAACCCAUCAUUCUGAUAUGUGAUGUAUCAGGAGGGUGAGUGCUUGGAUUUGAGGAGGACUUUUGCCAGUGCCUUAUUAUGAACUUGGAGACCAAUUCCUUUAUUUCAGUGCUGAGAGUCCCACCAGGGCAGACUUGCAGGCUGUGUCCUCAGUGGACCAAGGAGUGACAUUCCUGGCAGUCAUUGCAUUUCUGCAGCAGACAGUUGUUUUGGUCAGUGUAAAAUAGCUUGGCUUGAGUUUCCUUACUAUUAUUUUUUUUUCUGUGUUUGUAUAGCCUCUUUUUAGGAAAAAUGUAGAUAUUUGGUAGCUUGGGCUUGUUCAGCUUUUGUCAGAAGUAGCUCAGACCUCUUAAAAAUUAAUUUACUUUUAUUUUGGUGUGUCUCUGAGUAGAUUGAGUAGGGGGGAAAAUUGAAAAGAGUAGUUCAAGUCAUGGUCUAGACCACAUGAGCUGAAGAGCUCAUGCUGUUAGAAAGGAGCUUGCUUUUCUCUCUCCCAUUUGAAUGUAAACAAUGAAGAACAUUCUUAUGAGAAGAUUUAUUCCUUACAGGCUUCUUGCUAAUGUGAAGUAAAUACCACAGGAAAAAACUGUUUGGGGGAAAGAGGGGACUUGGAUUAAUCUUAGUCUUAAUAUCCCAAAAGCUCAGUUUUAUAUAUUGUAUUUCUAGUGCCAGCACUAUGUGGAGAGCACUGCCCUUCACUGAAACAACUGCAAGAGGCUGUUUUAGCAGCAAGGUUUCAGAAGCUUUGGAAGGGGAAAUGAAAGGAAGAAUGUUUAGUUCUUAUGCAAUUAAAUAUUUGUUUUCCUGGAAUACAUCCUUGUAAAAACACAGCAGUUUUAAUAUAGUCUUUUUGGUAAAUUCAGAUGUUGGAAGGAUUAUUUGCAAAUUAGUCUUAUGCUUUCUAAGAAUCUUCAAAGACAACAGAAGGGUUGGGUCCAAGGAGAAAACACAGAUUACUUAGUUCAGCCAUGUCUGUUGCAGAACUGGGCUGGGGAGUUUCCUUGAAGUUAUGUUGGUAAGGAAAAGAAGGAGCAUGAGAUUAAUGAAAUGCAGGUUCCUGCAGCUCCUGGCGUGGCUCUGGCUGUCAGCCUGGUCCUGCUCUGGAGUGACUAAAAGCACCGUAAAUACUCCCUUUCCUUUGUGUGUUUGAUUAGUGUAUUAUUUCUCUUUGUUUGGGUAGGUUCUGGCCUUCACCUGUGAUUCCUGAAGGAAUUUCUUACCAUUCCAAAGCUGUUCACAGCUGAAACUGCAAAGCAGAAAAGCAGUUAAUAAAUGGAUUAAAUGUUGAAAUAAAGGGUUCUGGGGUGCCUUGUUUACUGGCGCUUCUGGCUCCUUGUGUUCAGGAGUGUAUCCAUUCAAAUGCUGCUGCACUGAAGUGGGAAAAGCACCAGGAAACCAUAGCUGUGUUUUAUAAUAAUCCUGUAAGGACCAACCAUCACUGGGAGGGGGAUCAAGGUGUCAUGCAGUAAACACAAGCCAUUUUUAAUGUUCCCUGCUGGUGUGAGGCGUUCUAGGGAUAGAGGGAUUGCACUAUGAUCUUGCUGAGGGAUGUGCAGUUUGUCCUCUAGCCAUUUUCUUCACCUUUUUUAAUACUUUAUUCUGUGUGUGCGUGUGAAAAUUGUGUGUUUGCAUAAGCUAGUUUAAAUGAAUUGAAGAACAGGUUUCAAAAGUCUUUCCUACUGAAAUAAAUGAUUUAAAAGAU